AUGCAAACGUCCACUGGCACGACUGGUUAUCAUGCUUCCUUUGGAUUCCGUCCCGUAGGGAAAUUUUGUGACCCUGCAAUAAGGGUCCGUGGGUAUACGGAGCCGCAACUAAGUCACCAACAACAUGCGGCAGUUAUUCUUUCUGCUUCCACUAUCACGGCGUGGUUGCGGCGUCCAAUUGAAAAACUGCAUGCAUUUUACUUUCUCUGUGACGUCCCAGGUGAAUCUAGUCGCAUUUACGCAUCAGACAAACGUGCACAUUUCUUUAGGACUCUUUUUGGCAUAAAAUGGCUUGCAGGUCCAUCUAACCUAUGGACGAUUGCCAGCUACGCGUUUCAGUUGACCGCAUUCACAAAGCUUCGCGAUUUGAUUCCAUGUGAAAGCAACACUACUUGUGGUUUUACUGCUGGCUGUUUAACUGGUUUGUUGUACGCGGUUCUCCGUCAUCCGUAUGAGGUCCUCCUCGCGACAGCAGAGGCAGAGAAGGGUCCAAUGAAGUUUGUGGGUGCUUGGGAUGUCUUCAUGAAGGCGGUGACUGAAAAACCAAAUGUGCUUCUCGGCAUUUACCGCGGCGUAUCUGUAGCAGCCUGUAGUCAAGUGGCGCUGUUAGGCACUACAUGGGGUGUGUAUAACGCUGUGAGGUAUGAUGGCGUGUAUCACGGGACUCCCGUAUUGUUUCUUUACUGUCACGGCGGUGCGCUGCUAGGUAAAAUACUGCAGUACCCAUUUCUUUCCAUACGACAGCAGGUGCGUAUUCGGAAUCAACACACACGCGGACGGCCGCACACAUUCCGUUCUUACAUAGUGGAGGUGCGCAGGAAACAUGGAAUCACCAAAAUUUACGAUGGUUUUUUCGCUAGCCGCCCGAUACUAAAUUCCAUCCCUGCGGCACUACUGCUGGUGACGUAUGAUUUAUGUUCGAGGCACUUGACGGAGCAGCUUCACCCGGAACUGCGGAAGAUGCACGGGGAAGUGAAUCAACCAUUGUACAGCCCCCAUGCAGGUCCGUACGCGGAAACACUUCCAACCUACGAGUUUAAGCGGGGUUGA